AUGGCGGCGGCUGGCUCCUGCCGCACGCGACGGCCUGCGAUUGCGUGGUUCUUCAGGCAGGUCCACGCGCUCCUCCUCAAGAACCUCUCUUUCCAGAGGAGGAACGCGAAGGCGAACGCGGCGGUGGCGGCGUUCCCGGCGCUCCUGUGCGUGCUGCUCGUCGCGAUCCAGGCCGUGAUCGACCACGAGCUGGACAGGCCGCCGUUCCGGUGCGGCUGCGCCUGCGUGCGCCGCGACGGCCGCACGGGCGCCUGCGCGGCGGCGGAGUGCGGCGUGCAGCACUCCACGGGCACGCAGGCGCUCAGCUGCGCCGUGCCCGCGCCGCCGAGGUGGCCGGCGCUGGCGCAGGUGCCGGACGCGCCGUACCGAGCGCCGACGCCAGUGCACCCGGGGCGUUGCGGCGGCGGUGGCGGCAGAGCAGCGUCGGAGGCGCCGUGCCCGGUCGCCGUGCUCUUCACCGGCCAGAACCGCCGGCUGUCUGAAGGCCUUGGAAGGGGAUUGUUCCCAGAUGUACCCACUUCAUACUUUCUCGGUGUGAGCAAUUCUAAUAGUUCAUCUUAUCUUGAUGAGUUAUCAACAAUAGUCCCAGGUACAAGUACAUCACCGGCUCAUGUGCUGUUUAUAGAGCCAGGGUUUGUGCCCAAUGGCACCUUACAUGUGAUGCAAACACAAUGUAUAUGGGAUUCGCGAAAUGUUUCAGGAAAUUCUGAUGCAAUGCCAAUUCGACUCGAUGUGAAGUGUGUUCAAGGUUUACCACUGUGGUGCCGGAAUUCAACGGUGAUAAAUCAUCUUUUGUUCAAGGGUUAUAGGAGUGGGAAUAAGUUGAGAACAUCAAACGAAUAUCUCGCUGGUUAUGAUUUUCUUGAUACAAGCAAGACGCGGUUUCAUGUCGAUGUCUCGUACAACUCUACCUUCAGCAGGGAUAAUGGACACCAUCCCAUGACAGUUAUGCGUGUUGCACGGUUGGUUAAUAUGGCAUCCACCGCAUAUCUGAAAUUUCUUCGAGGCAAUGCAGAAAUGCGCCUAGAAUUUUUGAAAGAAAUGCCAAAAGCAGCAACAAAAAUCACUCUGGACUUCACCACUCUCCUUGAUGCCCUAUUCUUCACAUGGACAGUUCAACUGCUACUUCCAGUAAUGUUGACAUACCUUGUUUAUGAGAAGCAGCGCAAUUUAAGACUGAUGAUGAAGAUGCAUGGCCUAAAGGACGGACCUUAUUGGAUGAUAUCUUAUGCCUAUUUCUUGUCCCUUUCAACAGCUUACAUGAUGUUCUUCGUGAUGUUUGGGUCCUUUAUAGGGCUAGAUAUCUUCAGAUUAAAUAGCUACAGCCUACAGUUUGUGUUCUAUUUUCUAUAUAUCAACCUUCAGAUUGUGCUUGCGUUUCUGCUUGCGUCUUUCUUCUCAUCUGUCAAGACUGCUAGUGUAAUUAGUUACAUUUAUGUCUUUGGAUCAAGCCUUCUUGGAGAAGCACUUCUGCAGUUGUUCAUUGAAGAUACUACAUUCCCAAGACAGUGGCUUGUGACAAUGGAGCUUGUUCCCGGGUUCGCGCUCUACCGAGGAUUUUAUGAGCUUGCAGAGUAUGCAUUUGCUGGAAGGCAAAUGGGGAAGCAUGGGAUGCAAUGGAGGGACUUGAAUGACCCCAUCAAUGGGAUGAGAGAUGUCCUGCUCCUAAUGUCUAUAGAAUGGAUGAUCCUGCUUCCUGUGUCAUUUUUACUGGAUCAUAGACCUGCCUGGCAUCCACUGUUCCUCUUUGGGUUUAUGUCAACAAAGCACUCUUCGCCGUCAUUGAGACCAGACAAAGUGAAACAGAGGUCCAGAAAGGUUUUUGCUGAUAUGGCAAAACCUGAUGUUUUUCUUGAGCGCAAGGUGGUGAAAAAAUUGCUGAAGGACAUGGACAUGAGGAAUACGAUCAUCUGUCAUAACCUGAAGAAAGUGUACCCUGGAAAGAAUGGAAACCCUGAUAAGCUUGCUGUUAAAGGAUUGUCGCUUGCUUUGCGCAAAGGACAGUGUUUCGGAAUGCUUGGUCCCAAUGGGGCAGGGAAAACGUCCUUCAUCAACAUGAUGAUUGGACUAGUGGCGCCAACUUAUGGAACUGCUUACAUACAUGGGAUGGAUUUGAGGAGAGAUAUGAAUGAAAUAUAUGCAAACAUCGGUGUAUGUCCGCAGCACGAUUUGCUUUGGGAGACUCUGACAGGAAGGGAGCAUCUGAUGUUCUAUGGCCGGCUGAAGAAUCUCACAGGUGCUGCUCUACUGAAGGUAUAUUUGAUCAUCAGGUUUUUCUUGGUCCAGGCAGUGGAUGAAUCUCUGAAGAGUGUAAAUCUGUUCCACAGCGGCUUCGGCGACAAAUCGGUGAGCAAGUACAGCGGUGGCAUGAAGAGAAGGCUCAGCGUCGCCAUCGCACUGAUCGGCAACCCUAAAGUUGUUUACAUGGACGAACCGAGCACCGGAUUGGACACGACUUCGAGGAGCAGUCUCUGGAAUGUCAUUAAGAGGGCGAAGAAGAACUGCACCAUCAUUCUCACCACACAUUCCAUGGAGGAGGCUGAGGAGCUCUGCGACCGCGUCGGCAUCUUCGUCGACGGCAACUUCCAGUGCCUGGGAACUCCGAUGGAGCUGAAGGCGAGGUACGGCGGCGCCCGGGUGCUGACGAUAACAACGGCGGCGGGGCACGAGGGGGCGGUGGAGCGCGCGGUGGCGCGGCGGUGCCCCGGGGCGGCGAAGGUGUACGGCGUGGCCGGGACGCAGAGGUUCGAGGUGCCGCGGCGCGGGGCGCGGCUGGACGGCGUGCUGGGCGCGGUGGAGGCGGCGCGGCGGUCGGCGCCGGUGCAGGCGUGGGGGGUGGCGGACGCCACGCUGGAGGAGGUGUUCGUCCGGGUCGCCAUGGAGGCGCGCGCCUUCGACGCCCUCUCGUAGAGAGCUGAGCUGGCUAUCCAGCGAGUGGCCGUAGCUCUAGCUAGGCAGCGCACGGGUGAUGGA